UUAGAAAAAUAAAAAGAACUACUUUAAUUCAGAACUGAAAACUACUCAAGAACCCUAAACUUACCUUUAUUAAUGAAUCACAAAGACACACAGGCACGAAUGCACUCACGCACACACAAAGAUUUAAACACUAACCAAAGAAAGUACCUUAGCAAUGCUGCUUUAUAAGAAAGUGAGAACCAGAAAAAAAUCUGCCCAAAUUGAUUGAUUUUCACUAAGCAUAUCAGAAUACUGGCUUUCUGAACAGGGAAAUUUUUUUUAAAUUUAUUUAUUUGUUUGUUUGUUUGCUUGCUUUAUGUGUAUGAGUGUUCACAGGUCUGUGUACCAUGUGAGUGCCUAGUGCCUAGAGAGGUCAAAAGAGGGCACUGGGUCCCCUGGAACUGGAAUUAUGACAGGUGUAAGUACCAUGUGAGUGCUGGGUAUCAAACCUGGGUCCUCUGUAAGAACAAGUGUUCUUAACUGAUGAACAACUCUCCAGCCUCCUCAGUUUUUAAUACUGAGGAUCAGACCCAAGGCCUUGAAUAUGCUCUACUGCUCCGCCAUAUCCUCAGCCCUGAACAAAGGGAUUUUUGUUUCUUUGUAUGCUUGUUCAGACUUUAGAGAUAGGGUUUCUCUGUGUAGCCCUGGCUGUUCCAGAACUAGUUUUGUAGACCAGGCUGGCCUUGAACUCACAGAGAUCCACCUGCCUCUGCCUCCCGAGUGCUGGAAUUAAAAGCCUGACUGACUGACCAAAGAGAUUUUUAAAUAAGAAAACAGCAGCCCAGAAGACUCUUAGUUAUCUAAGCAGGGAGGCUCUUGCCUAUAAUCCCAGCACUCCAGAAACUGAGGCAGCCUAGGUAAGACAACAGAACAGUGCAGGGUAAAACUCUUUAUAACCAUAACCAGCAGCCUACCACUUAGCAUGGACAUGGUCAGCAGUGCUUCCCAACUAGCCACAUUAGCUCUUGGGAUCCAUCCAUGAGUCCUCUUAGUAUUUACAAUCUUGUGCUUUCAUUUUAGCAUUUAUCUUAACAAAAAUAUUCGGAAUAAUGACAAUCAUAACUGAGUAAUAUAUAAUUCUGGUGUCCACAUUACAAUCAAUGCGAUACCAUUUUACUACUGCAAAAGUAGAAGUCAGGAGAACAGAGCAUAUGUCACAUAAAAGUAUACUUAAAGUCCAAGAUUUAGCUGUGAGCUUCCCUUUUUAUAAUGGCAGAGUGAUUCACAGAGGUCAGUUCUGAACAAAUGUAGUCAGCUGAUGCCUGCCUUCACGCUGUUCCUUCAGGCAUGGUAUGGGGUGAUGGGGGACCUUGGUCUAGUGAUACAAAUUUAAGUCCGAUUUGUUAAACUGUGGAUAUGUAUUUCUCCUCUUGUUUAAGGUAUUAUGUUCAUAUAGUUCAUUUUAAAAUGUAAAGUUAAAAAUUAAAGAUUGAGAUAAGUUACCUAUUAUAGUCAAACUUGUAGUCAUGUUAGUUAAGGAUUCUAGAGAUAAAGAAAUAUAUUUCCCCUAGAUAGAUAAUCUUCAACACUUCAAAGACCUUUAAAAUUUUUUAAAAACUCAGACAUUUCAUGACAAUAAGACAUAUCUCCUGGCAGCACCAAUCUACUUCAAGAUGAUGAUAGGCAUCGAAGAGGCUCCUUAUGGACUUUGUUAGCCAUUUGAGCAAAAAAACUGCUCUUGCCUGGACUGCUUGAUGGUAUGCUGUAUAAACUGGACAUGCAGGACCCACAGACUUGCCUAAAGAAGGUGUGACAAUCCUUUAGGGUUCAUGCGUCACAAAAGACAAAAACAAACCUGCCAGACAUUUUGCAGGACACAAAAGAAAGCAACUGAUGAACUUUGCCAUUAUAAAGCAAAAAAUCUUCACAUUCCUUGCUUCAUGGAAAAGUCUUCCAGAUACUAUGAGUCUGUAGGCUGAAGAUGGAUGCCCCAGUGUUACAAAAAAACUUCGAAUGACUGUCCAGGCAGCAAGAUGUCUCUGCCAAUUCUAGAAUUUUAAAAGUUGCUUACAAUGAACUUCCUGUUUACUUAGGUAAUGUUAUAUCCUUCUGGAAUCUCUAAAGGGUUAAAGACAGAUAGUUAUAGUUUUCCUUAGUUAUGAUAAAGGAUAAAUUAGAUAUAAAACUUUCCGAAUACAAAUAGACUAAAUAGUGUAAAUGUAAUUCUCGCUUGAUAUGUUUUGUUAUAUGUAAUUUUACUAUGUUAAAGUUAAAAUCAUCUUUUUUACUUAGAAAAGGGGAGAUGAUGUGGGGUGUCCUUCUGUAUAUGUGUUGCUUUUAUUGGUUAAUAAAGAAGUUGCUAGGGCCUAUGGCAGGGCAGAAUAAAGCCAAGUGGGGAAUCUAAAUAGAAAUAUAUAUAUAGAGAGAGUAGGUGGAGUCAAAGAGAUGCCAUGUAGUUGCUGAAGGAGACAGAUGCUGGACCCUCACCAGUAAGCCACAGCCUCAUGCUGAUACACAGAAUAAUAGAAAUCUGUUAAUUUGGGCUGGAGAGAUGGCUCAGUGGUUAAGAGCAUUGACUGCUCUUCCAGAGGUCCUGAGUUCAAUUCCCAGCAACCACAUGGUGGCUCACAACCGCCCAUAAUGAGAUCUGGUAUAAAUAAAAAAAAAAAAAAAAAAGAAAUCUGUUCAUUUAAGCUGUAAGAGUUAGUUAAUAAGAAGCCUGAGCUGAUAGGCCAGACAGUGUUGUAAUUAAUAUAGUUUGUGUGAUUAUUUGGGUCAGUGGCCAGGAAAUGAAACACAGCCUCUGCCUACAAAUCAAAGUCAUCGUAUGGCCAAAGAGCGUCUUCCUGCUCUGUCACUUAUCUUUCACAGAAGUACAAGAGCUUGGAUUUCUGGGCCAGCUGGUAAGGAUGAGACCAAUAUGUGAAUAAGAGCAGCACUGAUGCAGGAAACCUGAGCUGUGUGGUCAACCACAUUGCAAAAUUGCUCUAUUUGGAUGAGAGUUUUGUGAGCCAACUCUACCAUUAUUUGAAGAUAAUUCUGUUUGAACCUGGCUUUACUUAAGAGAUACAUUUGGCCUGAUUUUUAGGUACAGGUGUUAUUAAUAUUCAUUGUCGACCUGACACAACAUAGUCACCUGGGAAGAGGGAGCCUCAACUGAGGAACUACCUAGAUCAGCCUAGCCUGUAGGCAUGACUGUGAAGGAUUGUCUCAAUUGAUGAUGGAUACUGUGGGGAGAAGGAUACACAUGGUGGGCAGCAGCAUCCCUCAGGCAGUGAGACCUGGAAUGUCUAAGAAAGUCAGCUGCCUGGGCUAAGAGUUUAUCCCUUGGUUGGAGGCAAUGCUGCAUGGGAGAGGUUCCUGCCAUGGGUCCUGCCCUGACUUCCCUCAAGAAUGGAAUAUGACCUCUUCAAAUGCUUUAUCACAGCAACAGAAGGGAAAUUAGUAAUUUUAAUAUCAUGAAAACUAACAACCAGAGUAAAGAAGCAGACUGUUCUUGAGAGCUGGCAUCUGGUCUGCCCUCCUGCUGUGUUCUAGCCAUGAGAAUAUCCAGGCAGCUCUGGGUACACCAAUAUCUUAUUUCAACUUUCCAAUUCCAUUUCCUACAACUUCCCUUCGAGUUCUGUUAAGGGUUAUUUAAUGUGGGCUCUGUGUGCUCUAUUUCAGUCACUAUUACUCAGCAUGCCCACUCCCACUCUUCCAUCUCUCCCUAUCUAAACUACCCACUGUCCUUAAGAUCCAGACAAAUUAAUUACGAAGUGUCUUCUGUUCUAAGAUGGCCACACGUCCAGUGAUUAUCACAAAAUAAGUAUUCCUUGGAAAAGAGAUUAAAAAAACUGUUGACUCACACCAGCUAACACUGCGGUAUGUACUAUAUAAGAUCAACUUAAUUUUUGUUAAUUUAAACCAGGUCUAAUUAACUUAAGGAUGAUUUAGCAGGAGCCAUAAGGUCAAAGAAGAUCUUAAGUGGUUUUAUAUCUGUAUGUGAAGAAAGCAAACAUUAAAUAUAAGACUGGAUUAAACAGCAAGAUUUGGGUUUAACAAAUAAAUUCUUGAGAGAGUAGUGUGUCUCUUGGGUUUUCUGUCACUUUAAAUGGGGAGCAGCAUGGAGGCAGUGUAGGUCUGAGACUUUAUCCCACCAUCUGCCCAGAGCUGCCUGGACAUUCUCUUGACUCCAAUACAGCCACAGCCAGAAGGCAGACCAAAUACCCACUCUCAAGAGCAGUCUACUUCUUUACUGUGGUUGUUAGGUUACCAUGGGAUUAAAAUAUUAAAAUGAGUAAUCCUCUAAUACGGCAAGGGAUCAAAUGCACUGAGUCCCAGUUCUCCCGAGACAAACAGUGCUUGGGAGCUCUCAGACCUAUGGGAUAUAAGCUCCAAUAGCGACCCAAAUGGGAAACAAGAGCCUCAUUUUAAAGCAAUAAAAAUUCUUAUUAUCAGUAACCUAGAAUAUUUCUAAGUAAAAUGUAUUUCCCCCUAACCCAUGAAAUCCUCUCUUAGAGUACUUAGAAAUUAUACUUUAAAAACACAAUGCUUGGCUUAGCAGAUGGCACUCUACAUCCGAGUUAGUACAUAAGAAUUUUUAAGCCACGAAGACUGUAAAACAUGAGCCAACAAAUCAUACAAUUUGCUCCUUGUUCAGUUAUGUAAAAUACAUGGAAGAAACUAACCUUGGAGAGAGGUCUGGAGAUAAACAGCCCCUCCUCACUUUAUGAAGCUAAUUAUUUAGCAGAGGGAUGAGGAAAACAAGCCAGCCAAAUGAACAAGCAUUUCACUUUGAAGAGCGGUGGCUGAGUUUGUAUGAGGGAAUUGGCAUUUGCUCAUGGAAAAGGACAUGGAAAGGCUACAGCCUGAGUACUGUCUACAAGAAUAAGAUUCAGAACUUUAAAAAAUGUUUUGUCAGCGGUGGUGCUGCACACCUUUAAUCCCAGCACUUAGGAGGCAGAGGCAGGUGGACCUCUUUGAGUUUGAGGCCAGCCUGGUCUACAGAGCGAGUUCCAGGACAGCCAGGGCUGUUACACAGAGAAACCUUUUCUCGAAAAAAGAAAUGUUUUGCCUAAGUAACAUAAGCUUAGUUUUCAAAAGUUAAAGCAAUUAUUCAGGCAGACAACAACAACAAAUUCCCAUCCCUUCCCUCCCCAGACCCUUGCUUUCGGAUAUAAUCUAUCCAACCGUUUCUUUCACAGUCACUUGGAUAUUAUUUAUAAGUCUGUGAAAACUGUCAUUUCCAGAUGACUCUGCUUCCCUUGAGGAUAAGGACCUGGCCAUCUAAUUCCCGUUCCUCUUCUCCUCUAUACCGUCUAUGAGCACGCUUACUGGUUUACAGUCUAUCUAUUGUGUGUGUCUUUCUCCAACUGCGUUGUAACAUAGAAUACAGUGUGCAGUCUAUCUAUUGUGUGUGUCUUCCUCCAACUGUGUUGUAACAUAGAGUACAGUGUGCAGUGCUAAGUUGAACUGACAAUAAUAUGUCAGUGAAAAACUUGAUGAGUGCUAUAUAUAGACAGCUAUCUUUUCUGAUAUUACAGUUUAGUUUUUCCUCAAUUGCUGAGGGUAAGUUAAAAUAAAAAUUUAGACCAAAGUCCUGGGUAGCACAUGGUGGCUCACAAUCAUCCAUAACUCCAGCUCUAGAGCACCACCCUCUUCUGACUUCCAUACGCUCCAGGCACACACAUGGUACACAUACAUGCAGUCAAAACACUUAGAUGCAUAAAACACAUCUUCAUGUUUUGAAGACAGUAUCUCAUAACUGUUGUUUGCUUGUUUUUUAUAGAGAAGUUCUCACUCAUUAGCACAGGCUGGCCUAGAACUGACUAUGUAGCGCAGACUAGUCUUGAAUUCCUGGUCCUUCUGCCUCUAUCUCCCAAGUGCUGAAAUUAUAGGCCCUGUGUUCAUGCUGGCUCAGAUUAAACAAUAAUCUUCAAUGAGAGCUAUGCUCAACCAAUAAUCAACUAAAUAUAUGCCUUAAGGCUUUUUAUAUUUCAGGCAUGAUCUCUUCAAUAAUACUAAAUUAAGCUCAUAAGGUCCUCCUCUCCUUGAAGAUUUAUACACAGUCAAGGGUUGAAAGGGAGGCUGAUGUGGGAGUCCCCUCUGUAUGCUGUGAUUACCAUUAAUGAAUAAAGAAACUGCUUUGGACCUAUAGCAGGGCAGAACUUAGUCAGGUGGGUAAAACUAAACUGAAUGCUGGGAGAAAGAAGAGAGGAGAGAGAGAGAAGCCAUGUAGCCCCAACAGAGACAGAUGCCGGAACUUUAGCUGGUAGGUCAUGACCUCGUGGUGAUGCACAGAUUAAUGGAGAUGGGUUAAAUUAAAAUGUAAGAGUUAGCCAAUAAGAAGCUAGAGCUACCUUUCGGCCGCGGUAGCCAUCUUUCAGUAACUCGCCAAAAUGACAAACACAAAGGGAAAGAGGAGGGGCACUCUCUAUAUGUUUUCUAGGCCCUUUAGGAAACAUGGAGUUGUUCCUUUGGCCACGUACAUGCUAAUCUACAAGAAGGGCAAUAUUGUAGACAUCAAGGGAAUGGGCACUGUUCAAAAAGGAAUGCCCCAUAAAUGUUACCAUGGGAAAACCGGAAGAGUCUACAAUGUCACCCAGCAUGUGGUGGGCAUCAUUGUAAACAAGCAAGUUAAGGGCAAGAUUCUUGCCAAGAGAAUUAAUGUGUGGAUUGAACACAUCAAGCACUCGAAGAGCAGAGACAUCUUCCUGAAGCCGGUGAAGGAGAACGACCAGAAGAAAAGGGAAGCCAAAGAGAAGGGCACCUGGGUUCAACAGAAGCGCCAGCCUGCUCCACCCAGAGAACCACACUUCGUGAGGACUAACAGGAAGGAGCCUGAACUGCUGGAGCCCAUUCCCUAUGAACUCAUGGCCUGAUGUACAAAAAGAAAUAAAAGACCUGGACUGUAAAAAGAAGAAGAAGAAGAAGAGGAGGAGGAGGAGGAGGAGGAGGCGGCGGCGGCUGUGGCGGCAGCGGAGGCGGAGGCUGAGGCUGAGGCUAAUGGGCCAAGCAGUGAUUUAUUUUUUUUAAAUAUUUAUUUAUUUAUUAAUUAUGUAUACAAUAUUCUGUCUGAAUGCCUGAAGGCCAGAAGAGGGCGACAGACCUCUUUACUGAUGGUUGUGAGCCACCAUGUGGUUGCUGGGAAUUGAACUCAGGACCUUUGGAAGAGCAGGCAAUGCUCUUAACCACUGAGCCAUCUCUCCAGCCCCCAUCAAGCAGUGAUUUAAAUAACAGUUUCUGUGUGAUUAUUUCGGGGCUGAGCAGCCGGGAACCAUCAACGGGAGGCAGAGACAUUCUCCUCAGGACUGUAGCAACUGGUAAGGUGGCCCUGCUCCUACAAGUGAACCUUUACCCUAUGUCCUCUAACUCAUUAGGUGUUCAAACACACAAAGAACGAAAUAGAAAGAGACAUGAAAGCAGAAGAGGCAAAAGUUGGAAAGUGAGAGAACAAGAGAGGGUAUCAGAAGGGGAUAUGACAAAAAGAUAUACAUGUGCAUGCAAAUGUCACAAUGAAACCCAUUAGUAUACAUAGUUAAUAUGUGCUAACAACAAAAAUACUGAAUACUGCCAGGUAUGCUGAUGCACACCUUUAAUUUAAUUUUGGGACUAAGGAGCCAAAGGCAGGUGGGUCUCUGUGAGUUAGAAGCUAGCCUGGUCGACCAAGCGAGUUCUAGUCUAGCCAGGGACCCUGCUUCAAAGAACAAAGAAAAAAACUGAGUAGCAAUAACACUUUCUUAUUUGUUAGACUUUAGAGAGAUUUAAAAGUGGAACCGCCUGGCAUGGUGGUGCAUGCCUUUAAUCCCAGCAUUCAAGGGGCAGAGAUAGUUGGUUAUCUGAGGUUAUGGCCAGCCAGCUCUACAAAGCAAGUUCCAGUCCAGUCAGGGCCACACCGUGAGACUCUCAACCCUCCCCCAUAUGGAAAAUACCUGAUGUGUUUGGCUCCUAUAAACUCAGAGGGAGUGGCAGCAUUAGGAGGUGUGGCUUUGCUGGAGUGUGUCACUGGGGGUGGGCUGUGAGGCUUCCUAUGCUCAGGAUACCACCCACCGUCUCAGUCAACUUCUGACAGAUACACCUCUGACCUUUUGCAGCACCUGUACUCAUGUGCGUGCACACACACACACACACACACACACACACACACACACGCACGCACACACACACACAAAUUUAAAAAAUUUAUAGAUGCAAUAUACCUGAGUUAUCAAGAACAUUCAGGAAUACAGUGAAGAUUAGUGAUUUUGGAAAAAUUUCAUUUCUAUUAAUAUAUGUCUAUUUAGCCCCAUGAGUCCAUUUAUCCUUGAUGCUAACUCUUUACAGUACUGUCACUCAAAAGUGUCAGGCAACUCAAUAAACACAGUGUCAUGGGACACGGGUUUUACAAAUAUUUAUCAUCAGUGAAAAUAACUACUUUAAAUGAAUUUUAAGAUUCGACACAAGAUUUUUAAUUUCUUAUAAUUUUUAUAUAAAUAUAUUUCCACUAUCUGGCUAAUAUACAACACCCAAGUGCCCUGGGUAGCUCUGUAGAC